AUGUUUCUCGCGAGCAGUGCGGUCAAUGUCCUUGCUCUUGUGCCGUCGCCAACGCCGCAAGGUAAUGCUUGCCCAGCAUCCUAUUGCUCUGUGGAGUCGCAGUUCCAUCCCAUCAUGCUCCAGGGGAUAACAUGUGACGACUGGACAAUGGGCGGCAACGUUCCUGAUUGGGCUGCACAACAAUCCGGGUGGUUUCCUGUGAUCAACACGACUAGCAUAGAGAUGCUUGCGCGCUACGCAUCCAACCGGCCGCAGUCGCCGCAGUGGGAUAAAGGACAUGACCUGAUCGACGCGCUGGAUAGAGUGGAGCGCCUUAGUAAGGACUCGUUGUUAUCCUGGAAUGGUAUCCUCUAUGCAGCGCUGACGGAAUUCUGGCGUACUUACCGGAUACCGCUGGCUGUGCGUGUUGGUGAACUUGUGGAAAAUCGGAGAGACUCGCUACUGACCUCGUCUGAGGCUCUAGAGAUGAGCGAAUACUUGUAUUUCCAGGGAAUGGGCUCAUCCUAUGUUCCAUGGAUGAAUGAGACAGACCACAAGUUCGUCACGGUUACCAAUACAAACAACGGCGGUGUCAAGAAGCUCCCCAGUGGCUUGGAUCCAACCAGUGUCUCGUUCGUUAGCAAGACCCGAACAUCCAGCUCUCUCAGCGAAGGGAACUUCGAACGAGCCAACGAUCAUUCUGAAAGACUCUGGAUCUUGAAUGCCAGUGCAUGCUGA